CGUGUCUCCUGUCACCGAACUGCAUCACCGGCUGCUCAGUCGCCCGCCAUGCAUCAAGAGGCAAAGACGGUCGACGAGCAGGUGCAGGAGUAUGCUGCGCUCCGAUGCAACUUCCCGGGGAAGAAGCAACGAUGUGGCCAGGUGGUCAGAGAGGGUGUCUUCCUGCGGUGUCGCCAUCUGUUCUGCCGGGAGCACGCGCGGCAAUGGUUCGCCCAGUCGGAGGAGUGCCCCAUUUGCCGGGACGGAGCUGCGAAGCGUCGAGAUGUGGGUAGAGCCGACGACAGGGAGCGGUUGCGAUUGCUGCAAGAGUUGCUGGUGACCUCCAACCCCUUGGAGGUGCAGGAAGCUGCGUCCAUGGCCGUGGAGAUCUGGGAGGGUCAGAAGGCUGAGGAGUACAACCGCGACAUGGCGCGGGAGCAGGAGAUCUCCGCUCGCGUGUCUCAGUUGAACCGGACCAUUCGCAAGCGCCUUUCGGAGGCAGAAUCCAGCGUCAGGUCUCGCACCGCUGAGGCUGAGGAUCUUCGUCGGCGCGUUAAGGAGGCCGAGCAGAAGCUACUUCGCGAGAGGGACUCUGCGACCAAACUCUCGUCGCGGCUGUCGCAGCUGCAGCACACCUGCAAGCUGAGCCUCUCCGAGGCGGCGGGGCUCACCCCCUCGAGGAAGCGGCUUCGGACAUUCUUGAGUCAGGAUCUUAUGGAGGAUGAGGCUGAGAGGUAGACACCGAGCUCUCAGCCGCUGUGAGCCAGGUGAGGAUGUUUGAUGCUCUGAUGGCAUCCCUUGCUUGUUUGCAUUUACUUCAAGGGCUACACAUUUUAAGCUAUUCAUAUAUAUAUAUAUACAGAUCGGCUGUGACAGAGAUCGUGCAUGAUCCGUGGCCCAUCUUAACAUGUCUCUGGGAAAGUUUCCAGAGCAAGGAAAUGCGCACCAUGG